UUUUAACGUUUUCUAAAUGGCGUAUUCAAAACCACGCUUUUUGUCCUCGGUCGCCCAUAUAAUAGAAUAGUAUGCCCCGACCGACCCGCAGCUGUAAUGGCUGACUGACUGGAGCGGAACUCAUUUUGAAGUCAGUCCAAUCGAAGCGCAGGAACCCAAUCAACCGUAUUCGCACCGAUCAGAUCUCCUUUUUCCUCUCUGGAUCGGACCUCUCCCGAGAUCUAGCCACCCAGCCAUGCCCGUGGCAGCUUCCGCCAUUUACUUUCUCAAUCUCCGCGGGGAUGUCCUCAUUAAUCGUCUCUACCGCGACGAUGUCGGAGGCAACAUGGUGGAUGCUUUCCGAGUGCAUAUAAUGCAAACAAAGGAACUUGGCACUUGUCCUGUACGGCAGAUUGGUGGCUGCUCAUUCUUUUACAUGAGAAUUAGCAAUGUUUACAUUGUCAUUGUUGUGAGCAGCAAUGCAAAUGUUGCCUGCGCUUUCAAGUUUGUUGUUGAGGCAGUCCAAUUGUUUAAAUCGUACUUUGGUGGGGCUUUUGAUGAAGAUGCAAUCCGCAACAAUUUUGUUUUGAUAUAUGAGCUCUUGGAUGAAAUCAUGGAUUUUGGCUACCCUCAAAAUCUUUCGCCUGAAAUUUUGAAGCUUUACAUAACUCAAGAAGGUGUACGGUCUCCAUUUUCAUCCAAGGCUGCCGAGAAACCUGUUCCGAAUGCGACUUUACAAGUUACUGGUGCUGUUGGUUGGCGCAGAGAAGGACUUGUCUAUAAGAAAAAUGAGGUGUUUCUUGAUAUUGUGGAAAGUGUCAACCUUCUUAUGUCUUCGAAAGGUAGUGUCCUACGAUGUGAUGUUACUGGGAAGAUUCUCAUGAAAUGCUUCCUUUCUGGGAUGCCUGACUUGAAGUUGGGAUUAAAUGAUAAAAUUGGACUUGAGAAAGAGUCGCAGCUUAAAUCACGUCCUGCUAAAAGUGGUAAAACUAUUGAGCUUGAUGAUGUCACUUUUCAUCAGUGUGUAAACCUGACAAGAUUCAAUUCAGAAAAGACAGUUAGUUUUGUUCCUCCAGAUGGUGAAUUUGAAUUGAUGAAGUAUCGUAUUACGGAGGGAGUUAAUCUUCCAUUUCGGGUUUUGCCAACUAUCAAGGAAUUGGGUCGAACACGAAUGGAAGUGAAUGUGAAGGUGAAGAGCGUUUUUGGAGCAAAAAUGUUUGCACUGGGAGUGGUCGUUAAAAUUCCAGUACCAAAGCAAACAGCAAAAACAAGUUUUCAGGUGACAUCAGGAAAAGCAAAGUAUAAUCCUUCUAUUGACUGUUUGGUUUGGAAGAUACGAAAAUUCCCUGGACAAACUGAACCUACAUUGAGCGCAGAAGUAGAGUUGAUUUCCACAAUGACUGAGAAGAAAUCUUGGACACGACCUCCUAUUCAGAUGGAAUUUCAGGUUCCUAUGUUCACUGCAUCCGGACUUCGCGUUCGUUUCCUCAAGGUGUGGGAAAAGAGUGGAUACAACACUGUCGAAUGGGUGCGUUACAUCACAAAAGCUGGUUCAUACGAAAUCCGGUGCUAAAACUAAACUAAAUUUAAACCUGGGAUUUCUCCUGUGGCCUGUUUGGGGAGAGCAAUGCCUAUAUUCUCUUGCUGUACAACUUACAUUUGGUUUGGCUUCAAAUUGAAGGCAGGCAAGUCUCCUACGCGUACGCGUAAUUCUUGGUUGUAGAAUUUAUUCACUGGGAAAACAAAUAAGUAACAGAAUGGUAAGUUUUUGUUUUUUUACUUCGACUAUGGUGCUUUUGAUGGAUUAUUCGAAAAUGGUGUGAGAAAUAUUGGGUGUUGUAUAGAGAUUAGCUUUAGGGAUUUUUAUUAGGUUAUAGAGUGGAACAUUUGCUGUUCUUUCUCUAAUAUUUGGCUGGCUUGUCAUUGUGUGAAAUAUGGACCAAUUAUUGAUAGUGUCGUUUCAAAAUUUGUGUGCUUAUUAAUCUUAUAUUUCUUC